GCCACAGCCCAUGUUCACAUGUACCACAGUUCAAUCAACAAAGGGCAUAGGGAGAUCUGGCUAGCUAGUUCUAAGUUGGAUCGAUUUGCAAAUCUGAUCUAUAUCACCACCACCAUCAUCAUCAUCAUGCAUCAUGCUUAUUAGCAGCUUAAUUCGAACACAGGCACUUUGAUGGACAUGGACUUCAUCUUCCUCCUUGAAGAAGGAGAGCGAAUCGCGUUCCUUCAUCAGCUGAUGCAGUCUCUUGGAUGCACUUACAUUUGUCUGUGGUCCUACGUCCCUCAACCAUGCAACUAUUUUGUCUGUUUGGAUGGACUCUUCAUUGGAGACAACAAUGUUGCCCGGAGGCUUUUUGAGGAGUACAGACACUCACUACCAAUUGCUAAUGAUGGCCGCGUCCCGGGAUUCGCCUUUAGGAACAAUAUUCCACACCUGGAGCUCCGGUUUGAAGACCUGCAAACACUUGCAUCAAAUCCAGUGCAGCUCCAGUUCUAUAGGGAAGCUGGAAUCAAGACAGCCAUUUUAAUGGGGUGCAGAGCUGGAGAAGUUGAGGUUGGAAUGUCCACCAACCCUCAGGUUAACAUGGAGAUGGAGAUGAUGAGGGUGCUCUCUCAUGAACCACCAAGUAAACCAACUACUUCAUCUUCAACGUCUCUAAGAUCAUUGUCGAUGGAAAGCCCUACAGAGUACACUUCCCUUCUCUUCAAUGUCCCAGCAAUUCCUUCCACUUCUUAUAAUGCUCCUUCCGAUGAUCAGCCGCCACAAGCCACCGCCGGCAGCCUAAUCAGGACGGGUCAGUUCCCUUUCUUAUCCAUGCGCCAUACCCAAGAAGACGACGCAAUGGCUAGGGCUUAUCUGGCUGUAAUCUCUUCUAGAUCUUCUUCUUCACAAGCUCGCGACAGCUUUGCUUCCAAUUUCCAGAACCCCACUGCUUUCAGAACCUAUAAAAGGUCAUCAUCGUCGUCGUCUGAAAACCUAUCCCGGAAUAAUGUCCCAGCAGCACUGCCGCCGCCGCCGCCCAUUAUCAGAAGACUACAAGGCAACAUGUUCAGAAAAUGCGUGGCUUUUUUCAGAAACUUAGACUUGCUAAGCAGGCGGGGGUUAAUCCACGGCGCCUCCGCCGCUCCUCCUUCCACCACACAAGUCCAUCAUGUCAUUUCCGAGAGAAGAAGGCGAGAGAAGCUCAACGAAAGCUUUCAACAGCUCAGAUCUCUCCUUCCUCCCGGGAGUAAGAAAGAUAAGGCAUCAGUGUUGAGCAACACAACGGAAUACUUGGCUUCCCUAAAAGCACGAGUGGAAGAGCUUACUAAAAAGAACCAAAUCUUGGAAGCACAAGUACCGCCGCCGCCGCCUCAGAAAGCGCCCGCCGCGAAGGAAGAGGUUGGCGCCGCCGCCGCCGAGGAGAAGGUAGAUGUGAGCAUCACAAAUGUUGAGGAAUCGACCUCGGAAGAAGCUAAUUGCAGAUUCGUGGACUUGCGAGUGUUAGUGAGGGGAGAAAUUAGCAUGUCGGAUUUUGUUAUCCGUUUGCUUGAGUUCUUGAAAGGGGUUGAGAAUGUUGGACUUAUAUCCGCAGAAGCUAGCACCACCACGGUACAAUCAAUCUCGGUGAAUCGCAUGAUCUUGAGACUCACAAUUCCUGAGGGAGAUGAGUGGGACGAGUCUGCUUUCCAGGAAGCCGUAAAAAGGGUUGUUGGUGACGUGGCACAGUGACAGGUGGGUUUGCUUAUAUCGCAACACCUGGUGAACUGUCACUGGCUGAGAGCGCUAUAAUCAGGAAGAAAAUCAUUGAUUUUGUAGUUGCAUGAGGAUCAUGUCUUGUGAUGUGAUUAUAGAGUAGUGUAGCAGU